AGAUGUGUUUAGGGGUGGGGAAUAGGGCCCGGGAAGGACUGUCGGAAGCCAAUUGCGCGCUCUCUGGCAGCUAGUGCACUUUCUCAGAGUUAGGUUCAAGUCCAUGGAGCGUCACUUUAGGCAGACCUGGGGACUGCUGAAAGUCUUGGACCGGAAAGAUAACGAGUGACUGUCAUUCUUUUUAAUUUUCUGUUCUUUCAUCUGUGAGCUUAAUCAGGAGGUUCCCAACUUCUUAAACUCAGGAUUCUUUCUACUAAUCCAGAUACUUGUUGAAGUGCUGAAUAGUUUCUUGGGGAAAGAUGUCAAAGAAGCCAUUCAUUUCAUAGACUGGCAUAAGAUGUGCAUUUUCUGUUCUGAAGUUGGGAAUGAGGUCUGUGGACUUACUACAACUUCGAGAAGAGACCUAUAUGUGGUGCUAUUAAAAACUUUAUUGGGAAGUUUCUGAAGUAAGAGUGGGAAGUCAUUCUAUUUUGUAAAAGGAGGAAGGACUCAAGCCAGAAAACUUGUAUGCUAUGGUUAACUGGUUCCCAUCCUCGGAGAAUCUUGUUUUCCAUGGUGUAAAACUUACUCAGCAUCAGGAUAAGGGAUAACGACUCUAUGGAUAUACAGAAUCCUUCACCAUGGUAAAACUCGCUAACCCGCUGUACACUGAGUGGAUUUUGGAGGCCAUCAAAAAAGUGAAGAAGCAGAAACAGCGUCCUUCAGAAGAGAGGAUAUGCAACGCAGUGUCUUCAUCCCAUGGCUUGGAUCGUAAGACUGUUUUGGAACAAUUGGAGUUGAGUGUUAAAGAUGGAACAAUUUUAAAAGUCUCUAACAAAGGCCUCAAUUCCUAUAAAGAUCCUGAUAAUCCUGGGCGAAUAGCACUUCCUAAACCUCGAAACCAUGGAAAAUUGGAUAAUAAACAAAAUGUAGAUUGGAAUAAGCUGAUCAAAAGGGCAUUUGAGGGCUUGGCAGAGUCUGGUGGCUCAACUUUGAAAAGUAUUGAACGCUUUUUGAAAGGUCAGAAGGAUGUGUUGGCAUUAUUUGGAGGCAGUACUGCCUCCAGCUUUCACCAGCAGUUCCGAUUGGCUAUCAAACGUGCUGUAGGUCAUGGCAGACUCCUUAAAGAUGGGCCUCUCUACCGGCUCAACACUAAAGCAGCUAAUGCUGAUGGGAAGGAGAGUUGUGAAUCUCUUUCGUGUUUACCUCCAGUGUCACUGCUUCCACAUGAAAAGGACAAGCCAGUUGCUGAACCAAUCCCCAUCUGUAGUUUUUGUCUUGGUACAAAAGAACAGAACCGGGAAAAGAAGCCAGAGGAACUUAUCUCCUGUGCAGACUGUGGCAACAGUGGUCAUCCAUCCUGUUUAAAAUUUUCCCCUGAACUAACGGUUAGAGUGAAGGCCUUACGGUGGCAGUGCAUUGAGUGUAAAACAUGCAGCUCCUGUCGAGAUCAAGGCAAAAAUGCAGAUAACAUGCUCUUUUGUGACUCAUGUGACCGAGGUUUUCACAUGGAAUGUUGUGAUCCACCACUCACUAGGAUGCCAAAAGGCAUGUGGAUAUGUCAAAUAUGUCGACCUAGAAAAAAAGGACGAAAACUGCUACAAAAGAAGGCAGCACAGAUAAAACGGCGCUAUGCUAAUCCAAUAGGACGCCCAAAAAACAGGUUAAAGAAACAAAACACGGUAUCAAAAAGUCCCUUCAGCAAAGUUCAAACUGGCCCUGGAAGGGGUCGGAAACGUAAAAUCACUCUCUCCAGCCAAUCAGCAGCAUCAUCAGAAGAAGGAUAUUUAGAGCGAAUAGAUGGCUUGGAUUUCUGCAGAGAUAGCAGUGUCCCCUUGAAGUUCAACAAGAAAACCAAAGGGCUCAUUGAUGGCCUUACCAAAUUCUUCACCCCUUCCCCUGAUGGGCGGAAAGCUCGGGGGGAAGUGGUAGACUACUCUGAGCAAUAUAGAAUCAGGAAAAAGGGCAACAGAAAAUCAAGCACUUCAGAUUGGCCCACAGACAAUCAGGAUGGCUGGGAUGGCAAACAAGAAAGUGAGGAGCGGCUUUUUGGGAGCCAGGAAAUCAUGACUGAGAAAGAUAUGGAAUUAUUUCGUGAUAUCCAAGAACAAGCACUGCAGAAAGUUGGAGUAACUGGUCCCCCUGAUCCACAAGUUCGUUGUCCCUCUGUCAUUGAGUUUGGGAAGUAUGAAAUUCAUACCUGGUACUCCUCCCCAUAUCCUCAAGAAUAUUCAAGGCUGCCUAAAUUGUAUCUUUGUGAGUUCUGUCUAAAAUAUAUGAAAAGUAGAACUAUUCUACAGCAACACAUGAAGAAAUGUGGUUGGUUCCAUCCUCCUGCCAAUGAGAUUUACCGAAAGAAUAAUAUUUCUGUCUUUGAGGUUGAUGGGAAUGUGAGUACCAUUUAUUGUCAAAACCUGUGUCUCUUGGCAAAGUUGUUUCUUGACCACAAAACACUCUAUUAUGACGUGGAACCAUUUCUUUUUUAUGUACUAACACAGAAUGAUGUCAAGGGCUGCCACCUUGUUGGCUACUUUUCUAAAGAAAAGCACUGCCAGCAGAAGUACAAUGUUUCCUGCAUAAUGAUUCUUCCCCAGUACCAGCGCAAGGGCUAUGGCAGGUUCCUCAUCGAUUUCAGUUAUUUGUUAUCAAAGCGUGAAGGGCAGGCAGGAUCUCCAGAGAAACCACUCUCAGACCUCGGGCGUCUCUCCUACAUGGCUUACUGGAAGAGUGUGAUACUGGAGUGCCUUCAUCACCAAAACGACAGGCAGAUUAGCAUCAAGAAGCUGAGUAAGCUAACUGGAAUCUGCCCUCAAGACAUCACCUCUACACUGCACCACCUACGAAUGCUGGACUUCCGUAGUGACCAAUUUGUGAUUAUUCGCCGGGAAAAACUUAUCCAGGAUCAUAUGGCAAAGCUUCAGCUGAAUCUUCGGCCUGUAGAUGUAGAUCCAGAGUGUUUACGCUGGACUCCUGUUAUAGUCUCCAACUCUGUUGUCUCAGAGGAUGAAGAAGAAGAAGCUGAUGAGGAAGAGAAUGAAGAGCCACAGUGCCAGGAAAGAGAUUUUGAGACCAAUGUGGGAAAGACGGUGUCGCGGGAAAACAAAGAACAAGAUGCUUAUUCUUCAGUAGAAAGUGAAAAGAAACCAGAAGCUAUAGCUCCUGCUGGUUCUGCACGUCUGAGCAAGCAGGUCCUUCCCAGAGACAGUCUUCCUGCGAACAGCCAGCCCUCUCGACGGGGUCGCUGGGGGAGGAAGAACAGAAAGUCCCAAGACCGGUUUUGUGAUAAAGAGUCUAAAUUGCUCUUGGAGGAGCCUUCAUCAACUCCUCAGGAACAGUAUGGAGAAUGUGAGGAAAAAUCAGAAACCUCCCAAGAACAGUAUGCUGAGCGUGAAGAACAAUUGACAGCCUCUCAGGAGCAGCCAAGCCAGGAGGGGAAGCCGGACAUUCCCAAAAGAAGAUUGAGUGAGGGGGCUGAGCUAUGGCGGGGACAGCUAAAGAAAAGCCCUGAAGUUCUAAAGUGCAGAUUACCAGAAGGAAACGACAGACUGCAGCGCUGCUACAGUGAUGGUGACAGGGCUGUCCUUCGGGGCUUCAGUGAGAGUAGUGAGGAAGAGGAGGAGGAAGAACCAGAAAGUCCACGGUCAAACUCACCACCAAUUCUUACUAAACCCACUUUAAAGAGAAAGAAACCAAUUCUUCACCGAAGAAGGAGAGUCCGAAAACGGAAACACCACAAUAGCAGUGUAGUCACAGAGACUAUUUCUGAGACCACAGAGGUAUUAGAUGAACCUUUUGAAGACUCUGAUUCUGAGAGACCAAUGCCAAGAUUAGAACCCACAUUUGAGAUUGAUGAAGAGGAAGAGGAAGAAGAAGAGGAGGAGGAUGAGAAUGAGCUGUUCCACCGAGGAUACUUCCAUCGUCUGUCCUCACAAAGUGUUCUCAGGUGCCGAUCCUCUUCAAAGAGGAAGUCAAAAGAGGAAGAGGAAGAGGAAGAAUCAGAUGAUGCUGAUGACACUCCUAUUCUAAAGCCAGUAUCUCUCUUACGAAAAUGUGAUGUGGACAGUUCUUCCCUUGAGCCAGAUACAUCCACACCUAUGAAGAAGAAAAAGGGAUGGCCCAAAGGCAAGAGCCGCAAGCCAAUCCACUGGAAGAAAAGACCUGGUCGAAAACCAGGACUUAAGUUGAAUCGGGAAAUCGUGGCCAUUUCUACUCAAGAAUGCAUCAUUGAGCCUAUUGUCCCCAUUCCUAAACCUGGACGAAAAACCAAAACUCAAGAGAAUGAAGAAACUGUGGAGCUAAAAGAAGAUAUACCCUUAUUGGAAGAAAGGAAGGAAGAGGAGAUGCAGGUGGGAGCAGAAGAGAUUGAAGAGGGAGAGGAAGAGGACAUAGCCAGCAGUGAAGUGAGAGCUGCUUCUCCAGUGGACAGCAGCAACAGUCCUGAGACAGAAGCAAAAGAACCUGAGGUGGAGGAGGAAGAAGAGAAGCCUCGAGUGUUAGAAGAGCAAAGGCAGUCGGAAGAGGAGCCUCAAGAACUAGAAGAACAAGAGCCAGAGGAAGAAGAUGAAGUGACUGUAGAGGCAAAUCAGAACGAAGACCAUGAUGCCGAUGAUGAGGAUGAUGGCCAUUUGGAAUCUUCAAAGAAAAAGGAGUCAGAGGAGCAGCCAGUCAGAGAAGGUGUCAAAGAGGAACCUGUUGGUCAGGAAUCUUUUUUAGAUACUAACUUGCAGAACAGUAGGGAAAAUACAAAGGAUAAAGAUGAAACAGAGCCAGAUUCAGAAGAAGAACAGCCUUCCCAUGAGGCAUCUGUUGUGUCAGAGCAUAUGCCUGGGUCCGAGGAUGACCAUGAAGAGGAUUCAAACACUAAGGAAGAAUUAAUUGAAUUAAAAGAGGAAGAAGAGAUUCCUCAUAGUGAGCUGGACCUGGAAACUGUACAGGCAGUGCAGUCUUUGACUCAAGAAGAAAGCAGUGAGCAUGAAGGAGCCUACCAGGACUGUGAAGAGACACUCGCGGCUUGUCAGACCUUGCAGAGCUACACUCAAGCCGAUGAAGACCCUCAGAUGUCAAUAGUUGAAGACUGCCAUGCUUCAGAACAUAAUAGCCCAAUAUCCUCAGUUCAGUCUCAUCCCAGCCAGUCUGUCCGUUCGGUCAGCAGCCCCAACGUGCCUGCCCUGGAAAGUGGUUACACACAGAUCAGCCCAGAACAGGGCUCCCUAUCCGCGCCCUCUAUGCAGAACAUGGAGACCAGCCCUAUGAUGGAUGUGCCUUCCGUAUCAGACCACUCUCAGCAGGUGGUAGACAGUGGCUUCAGUGAUCUGGGCAGUAUCGAGAGCACCACAGAAAACUAUGAGAAUCCAAGCAGCUAUGAUUCCACAAUGGGAGGCAGCAUUUGUGGGAAUAACUCUUCUCAAAGCAGCUGCUCCUAUGGUGGGUUAUCAUCCUCCAGCAGCCUCACCCAGAACAGCUGUGUUGUCACUCAGCAAAUGGCAAACAUGGGCAGCAGCUGCAGCAUGAUGCAGCAGAACACUGUCCAGCCUGCCUCCAACUGCAAUAUCAAGUCACCUCAGAGUUGCGUGGUGGAGAGGCCUCCUAGUAACCAGCAGCCACCGCCGCCACCACCACCACAGCAGCAGCAGCAGCAACAGCAGCAGCAGCAGCAGCAGCAGCCCCAGCAGCAGCAGCAGCAACAACCAGCACCCCAGCCUCCACCACCCCAGCCACAACCCCAACCGCAACCACAACCACAGCCACAGCAGCAGCAGCAACAGCAACCUCAGCCCCAGCAGCCUCAGCCUCCACCUCCACCCCAGCAGCAGCCCCCACUGUCACAGUGUAGUAUGAAUAACAGUUUCACUCCAGCUCCUAUGAUCAUGGAGAUACCAGAAUCUGGAAGCACUGGGAAUAUCAGUAUCUAUGAAAGAAUUCCAGGGGAUUUUGGUGCCAGUAGCUACUCUCAACCAUCAGCCACCUUCAGUUUAGCCAAGUUGCAGCAGCUGACUAACACCAUUAUGGACCCUCAUGCCAUGCCUUAUAGCCAUUCUCCUGCUGUAACUUCCUAUGCAACCAGUGUUUCCUUGUCCAAUACAGGACUGGCUCAGUUAGCACCGUCUCAUCCAUUAGCUGGGACCCCUCAAGCACAAGCCACCAUGACGCCACCCCCCAACUUGGCCUCCACAACCAUGAACCUCACAUCGCCUCUGCUCCAGUGUAACAUGUCUGCCACCAAUAUUGGUAUUCCCCACACUCAGAGGUUGCAAGGGCAAAUGCCAGUCAAGGGGCACAUUUCCAUCCGCUCCAAAUCUGCACCACUUCCCUCAGCAGCAGCUCACCAGCAGCAGCUGUAUGGCCGCAGCCCACCUGCAGUUGCCAUGCAGGCUGGCCCUCGUGCAUUGGCUGUUCAGCGUGGCAUGAACAUGGGGGUUAAUUUAAUGCCAACUCCUGCCUAUAAUGUCAAUUCCAUGAAUAUGAACACCUUGAAUGCCAUGAACAGCUAUCGGAUGACACAGCCCAUGAUGAACAGCAGUUACCAUAGUAACCCUGCCUACAUGAACCAGACAGCACAGUAUCCUAUGCAGAUGCAGAUGGGGAUGAUGGGGAGCCAGGCCUAUACCCAGCAGCCUAUGCAGCCAAACCCUCAUGGAAACAUGAUGUACACUGGCCCCUCCCAUCACAGCUACAUGAAUGCUGCUGGUGUGCCCAAGCAGUCACUCAAUGGACCUUACAUGAGAAGAUGAGCAAGGAAAAACUAGAGUUAAAUAUAUAUAAAGAAAGGAACCUUUUAUACUGACAAACCAGAGAAAAAUGGACCUUUUUUCCAGUUAAAAUAUUGCUGUAGACUUAGAGGAAUUUUUCUUUGGUUUAUUUUAUUUUUUAGAAAACCUGAUCUUUUUGGGUUCAUUUUAUUUUGGGUUUUGGUUUUCUUCACAGUCUUGAGCAUUUUACAGUAGAACUCAUCUAAAAAAUGUAUUUAGGGAUAGGGGAAACAUGCACAAAAUCUUUUCAUAAUUAAAAAGAGCCUUACUUUCUUUACAUACCACAUGGACAGAAUUUGUGUAAAGUGAAUUAUCUUUAUUUUAUUUUAAAAAUGUAUGUUUCCCCUCAGUGUUUGCAGCUCCCAAUGUUGUCAUUUUUAAAUGUUAUAUACAUCUCCAGGGUUAACCAUACCCUUUCUUCCAAACCUAACUUUUCAUUUCCUACUUCAUUCCAGCAGGAGGCACUUAUGGGAGACCAGGAUGGGGAUGUGGCGAACAACCCAAGCUCCUUAAGCUUAUUGUUAAUGUCAUUAUUGUUAUUAUUAUUAUUAAUAAAGUGAGGCAGGAAAUGCUUCUCCUUUUAAAAUCCCCUCCACUCCUUAUACACACACACACCUCUUGAAACCUUUCCCCAAGAAUGUUUCUUUUAUAUAAAUGGACUUCAUUGAAAUCUUUUUCUUGAAUCAAGUGUAAUGUAAUUUUUUUCUUUUGUAAUAUUCCCACUCAGCACUCAGAGACACAAAAAUACUGUAAGUCUCACUUAACAGCAGAAUCUCAGAGGAAAGCUGAUUGCAAUCCUAAUCCAGCCUUUGGAGGAAUAGAGAUGGUUAAUUAACAAUCAAAAGGAGGAAAUGAACCUCUUGGUUUUUUACCACCUGGUUAAUCAGCCAUAGCAUACAUAUUCCACCCAGCCUCUUGUUUUUAGUAUGUACUUUGAAAUGUUAAUUAAGGGUCUUGAUUCUUGAGCCUUCAAAUAACAGUCCCCCACGAUUUGCCUCUUACAUUCUUUCAUACAGUGUUGGUGGAUGACUGUACAUCUCAGUAAUUUAAAACAUACCUGACAGAUCUUUUGACACUGUUGAUUUUAUGUUGGAAGAGAUGGUGCAGAAUGUGUGUCCAAAGGGAGAUUAUGAUGUGAGUUUUGUAGCUAAUUAAAUGAUACAUACCUCUAGCUUUCAUUGAGAUCUUGAGUUCAUCCCCUGUGAAUCAGAGUGCACCAGCCCCUCUCCUGUGAGCGGCUGACAAGAAGAGGGACAGAACCACCACCAGCAUCAUAGGGCACAGCUGGACAGCAGGAGCUCAGCAGGUUCACAUAUUGCCCCAGACCAUUCUUUUUUCUCUUGUGCAACCAGUUCACCCAUUCUCUUCCUAUUACUUGCUCCAGGGAUAGGUUUAAAAAAAAAAAAAAGUAUAUAUAUAUAUAUAUAUAUAUAUAUUCCAUCAUUAGAAGAUGGAAACUAUUAUACCACUUGGUAUGUGCAGUCAAAUAUCCAAAAGGGGGAAAUAUUGCUUAAAGAAAUACCUGUAAGCAUAAAUUCUCUCCUUUAUUUGUACAUUUUAUAUAGAUAAAUUUUUAAAGUACUAAUUAGGCAUUAAAUUUUUUUCAGAUGCACAGGUUUGUUGCUUUUUUUAUACACUUUAAUUGACUUUCUCAAUUAAGUGUGUUAGAUAGAAAAAGGCAGAAUUCCAGACCUUACCGCUAUCAACUCUGAGCAUGUGCAAGGCUGUGUAGGACCCAGUUUCUCUGUAUAUACUAUUCCAGUUCCCAGUCAUCUAUGUAGAAAGUGCACUGUGCUGCCCUCUCCCUACAUCUUCAGCUGUAUCAUUGCUUCCUGGAUGGGAUGGGGUGGGGAUGGGGGGCCGGGAGGGAAGUAUAUUGGGAGGAGGGUGGGUCAAGGCAGAAGGAGAAGCUGUUGAAAUGAGGGCCGUGAAAUCAGUUUCUGUUGGUUUGCGGUUGUGUUUGAUUUUGUUUCUUUAAAAAAAAAAAAAAAAAAAAUCAAUCGGGCAGCUCCCUUUUCCACAAGCCUCUUUGUGACUGUAGAACUAUUGUAGGAAAAAAAUGUUCUUUUCUAUAUUAUAAAAGAAAUUAUCCAACACAGUAAUAUUGGUACCUGUCAUUUUUUCACUUGUUUUAAAAAAAAAAUGUAUUUUUAGCAAGAUAACUUGGGUAAUCUUCUAAAAAAGAAAUUUAAAAACACUGUUAGUGACUUUGAUGCCUUUUAAAAUAAGAGCUUUUUCAUUUCAUUCCAUCUUUAAAAUUUUUUAUCUUUGUUGUAGAAUAUUAAAAACUAUUUUAAGAAAGAUAAAAUUCUCUUUAAAGAGAUCUCUAGAGUGUGUGAAUAGAGCUCCAGAUGCCUCUAAAAGCCGCAUGUACAAAUGAAGCUAAGUCUAUUCCUGUCUGUUUAUAUUUGCUUUUCCUGUUUUGUAACCUUUGUACUUUGUUCAUGGUGACCUGUAAGCUCGGGGAAGGGUGCCGAGAUGCCUUUGUACUUCUCCAAGUCGUGCGCUCCUGGGCCAUCGGCCCCCUUCCUCUCCUUGUAUGUAAUAUCUUUUUUUCCCCUUUCUAGCAAGUACUUUCAAAAGAACUCUGUACAUUUUAACAUAAAAAAAUAAAUUAUGUUGAGCCAUUUUGGA